UCAGCCACCGUAGCAAUUGGAGUACUGUACUGUAUAGACAAUUUUCCUCACGGUUCACGUAUCUAUCAACAAUUGUAGUGAUCGAGGUUGUCUACUGCUUAGUCUGGAGAAUCUGUACUACGAUGUUUGGUUUUCUUUAGCACACUAAUUCUGUUAACAAUCCUUCUCGUAUAUGAUUAGCUACUUCCGGUUUUCUUUUGUAACAGGUAUACGCCAAGUUACGCAAGUUUUACUUGACGCAAAGGACAGAGUGUCUAUGAAAGAUGACGACGGUGUGGCGGUCAGUGAGUGAGGCAUUAUGGGCAAUGUGUGCCGCCGACGCCAUGUCCAUGCCCGUUCACUGGUACUAUAACAUCCAUGACAUCAAGAGGGAUUUUGGAGGGUGGAUAUCUGGCUUCAAUUCGCCCAGAAUCAAACACCCCAGCAGCAUCCUCAGUCUGUCCAACACUGCUGGCAGUGGCCGCACUUCCUGGUCAUCUGCUGCCAACCAAGUGGAGGUGGUGGGUAACAUCAUCCUUCAUGACAAACUGAGCUUAUGGAAAUCUCCCAGUGGCUCCGUCCACUAUCACCAAGGUCUGAAGGCAGGUAACAACACGCUGAAUGUCGUAUGCGCCCUCCGAGCCGCUCACACGCUGGCCAGCGCUGACUUUGCUGACAUCUCGCAUCCUGAUGCCCGAGCCGCUGUCCUCGCAGACUACGUUCAUUUCUUGACCACACCUGGGAGCCACGGCGACACCUAUGCCGAGUCCUACCAUCGAUCCUUCUUUUCUGAAUGGCAGGACAGCAGGCCGACUUCGGGGCAGGAGAUUCUAAGGUUUGCAGAGGAGCGCUCCAAGAAUAAGCUAAAGUCACUCCCGGACAGCCAAUUGGAUGCAAUCGGGUGCCUUACUACGAGCCUUCCAUUUAUUCUGCUCUCGGCCUCAACCAAUGAGGAGCAAGCUGUCUGUGCGGCGGUUGAAUUUGUGAAGCUUUCCCACCCCCACCUACGCGUGCCCGAAUACGUAGCCAUCUACAGCAGGGCACUUCAUGCUGUGCUGGGGGGUGCCGGCGUCCGUCAGCAGGCCGAGCUCGCCCUCAGGAAGCUAGGAGUGUGGGACACCUCCGAGAAGUUCAGUCGGCAAGCUGCUAGGUUUCCGGAGAGGUCUGAAGAACGACUGCAUGUCCAUCAGAGUGCUGUCAGUAGCCUCGGCCUGGCGUGCUACACAAAAGGAGCUCUUUCCAGCAUGUUUUACCUUGCUCACCAGUUUCAUGAUGACCCUACAGCAGGAAUCCUGGCCAACACCAACUGCGGAGGAGAGAACUGUAACCGAGGAGCUGCACUGGGGGCCCUGCUCGGAGCGGGAGGAUCGUACAGCAAGUCCACCAUCCCACAGGACUGGAAGGACCAAUUAAGGGACGCUCAGGACUAUAUCCCAGACAUACGCAAAUGUUUGCAGUACUGACAAUCUCCAGUAUGACACCAAUCCAAAGAAACCAAGACAGCAGUUUAGUUUGCCCAUUCCCAUUUCAUCUUCUGCUUUACAAACGUAAGGAUCUGAUUAGACUCUUUCGUUGAAAUUUGAUUUGACUGGAAGCACUGCAAACAGACAUUCUCAUUGAAGUCCUGAGUGAAUUAAAAAAAUGUCAAUAAUUAAUGAGAAAGCAUUUUGUUUGUGUCUCCGAUCCCAUUGAUUGAAUUGUUGAUGCAGUGACCUAAACAGAUUUGAGGAAAACUGUUGGCUCCAAAGUCCAAAGAGACAAAACCAACAAAGCGGAGCCGUAUUUGGGCAGUUUAUGCAUGGCAAUGUUCACGUGUUUUCAAGUCCAUUUGUGACCCUUGUCCUGAUCAGAAUAAAAAUGGCGACAACAAGCA